UCUCCACGCAGCAGACGGCGCCAGGGCGGCUGGCCGGAGCGUCUAGCGGAAAUGGAGGAGAGAUCGUCCUCGCUUGGAUCGUGCGAGUUGACUGAUGAGCACAACACCACGACCAACUCAGACGAUUGCCAGAAGCACCUUGUGCUCACGUUCCUGGAUGUGGAGAACGAGCCUGAGGGGGGAGAGUUAGGGAUCGAGGAGGAAGGACCGGAGGAGAUCGAUGGGUACGAAGUGCCCCAGAUUCAGGAAGCCCCGGGGCCCUCCGCACCCUUCCAGUUCUUCGAGUCCAGCGAAUCCGUCCUGUUCCGCAAGGACAGUGAGCCCGUCCAGCCCCCGAGGGCUAGCGAGCCUGUUCAGCCACCGCCGGUCCACAGGGUUGAAAAAGAAGACUUGCCUCCCAAUGCAGUGCUUACGACCUCUCCAUCUUUGUUGGCCGGCUACCUCCCACGGCUCCGGCUGGGUUCCUUGAGCGGGUUCCCUGCUUCCUGUGACACUGUAAAGAAAUGUUUUUUUUCUAGGAAGAAAACUGAAGAGAUGUCUAGACCGAGAAAGCAGUGGGGAACUCCAGAUAGGAAGCUGUUUUGGGGAAAUCAAGACCCCAUUCGCCCUAUUUCGGAGGCUGCUUUGAAAGCUCAGCUGAGCAGGAGACUUGAGGACCUUGCUCAGCCCAAGCUGGUCUCCCGGCAUUAUGUCCCUAACAGGGCUCAGUAUUACUACAGCUGUGGGAGAGAGUCUGUCAUUUGGGAGAUCCCUCCACGUUUGCAAAGUACCCGGCCUUCUAAAAGGAUCCAGAAGCUGGCAAAACCCAACAAAUUCAAACUAUGGUCUCUGCCAACCUGCGAAAACAUACCAGGGACUUUUCGUUUCGCUGAUCCAUCUCCCCGGAUUCUGCAACUCUCCAAAGCCAAAGGCAUCGAUCCCAACUAUGUCCCUCCAAAGAGCAUUGAAACCAAGAUUUCCUUUUCUACCCUGACUGCUAUUGCAAGUCCAAGGAUUGUGGACCUUGCUCAUCCAAGGAUCAAGAUAGAGGGUCUAUGCUAUGAGAGAGAGAAGAGUGAAUUGCCCAUCCGUCCCAUAGCCCCUGCUGCUCUGCUUGCCAGACCCAGUGACCGAACAACAAUCCUAGCAAAGUCCAAACCUGUUCAUGAAGACUACCUCCCUGCCCGAGAUCCCCGAUGGCCUGUAUCUUAUGCCGCUGCUCACUCUCAGGUGUCUGAUAGAGUCCGGGAACUAGCUCAUCCGCCCACAAGGGCUUCGGUGCAUAUUGUAUAUUACGACCCAGAUGUCUUUAAAGUGAAGCCUGCUGCUUUGAAAGCUCAGUGUUCUCCCAGGGUCAAGGAGCUGGCCGAACCCAUUCUGCGUUAAGGACGAGAGCAAGCCACCGCAGGCACGCAGCAUCCGGGAACACGCAGCAGAUGACUUCAUCCCUGCGCUGCUGUUCGUUUACACCCUGCCAACCCCGUCCCAAACAGGAGACUGCCAGGGAGCACCACCGUGAGCAUCACACAGGCACUGUCCGGUGACCUUGUCUUGACCAAUCUAGGGAACUCCCUCCACCCUACAAUAAAGGAGAAAGCAACGCCUGCCUCAUUAUCCCUCCCUCCUCACACAGGCACCCCCGCGGCCCCCUCGCGCUGCUGUGCCGCGCUGUGGACGCGCUUUGCUCCCCGUUCCCUCCCCCACGGAGACCUCCAAGAAGGUCAUUCUCAGCGUGGCCUUGCCACUCCCCCUCCCCCGCCCCCGCCAUCGCCUGCAGCGUGGAGCUCACAGCCAUGCUCACAGCCCUGCUCACAGCC